GCCAGAAGCGGCCAUAUUCAUCUUCAACUCUGGCUUUGCCAUCAACGCCAUCCAUGAUUUUCAUCACCCAAGACUUGACCAUGAUUGGUACUUCAUGAUUCCUUUCUUGUUGUAUAAGCUUGUUGUUCCUAAGUCAACUACAUGAAAUUUCAAUAUAGCUUCCAUUCUCUACUUUAUUUCAACACCUUGUGUGCUGUGUCAUAUAUUUGUCUAUGGCCAUGGAAUGUGUCCCAACAUUUUCUUUGACUUGAAUCCAUGGGGAAGAAACUUAGGAAGAAGAAGAAGAAGAACAAGAACAAGAGCAGAAAGAAGAAGCAGAAUCAAAAUGAAAACAAAAGUUGUUUCAAUUCAGAAAACCCAAAUCUAACAAGAAACAGAAAUUCAGUUGUGGAAGAGGAGGACGUGAUCAGCAGAUUACCGGAUGAGAUACUUCUACGUAUAAUUUCAUUGCUUCCUACUAGAUCUGCUGCUCAGACCAGUUUGCUUUCAACCAGAUGGAGAAACUUGUGGAGCAAAGCUUUGGUACUCCAUGGAAGAAUAGAGGAAAUUGUACAAGUCAUCACUGCAUUUCUUGAUGCUUUUGAGGAGCUUGAUCUGCUUGGGCAGUGUCGUUGGCUUCAAUUUCAAUUUGGGCAAAGUGGUAUCCUCCUAGCUAGAAUUCAAGAUAACAAGGAGCUCCAUCUAGAUUUCCAUGAAAAUCAGGAAACUCCCAAGAAUUUUGAUUGGCAUUUGAAGCUUCACUGUAUUGAAAAAUCCAACUUUUCUCUUUCGUCCAUAAAAGUCCUCUGUUUAACAUCUGUGGGCAGCCUCACCAAGGAAACAGUUUCCAGUCUCAUUUCAAGAUUCAGCCAUCUUGAAAGCUUGGAAAUUGUGGAAUGCAAAGGGUUACAAUCUCUGCGUAUUGAUGCCGGGUCAAAGCUUCAGAGCUUGACUGUUUUGGACUGUCCCCAGCUGAAUGAUGUCUAUGUUUUUUCGUAUAAGCUCCAAACAAUUCAGUUCCGGGGAUGGCUUCCCUGGUUUUGGAUUAAGUAUGCUCCUUACUUGGAAGAUGCCAUGCUUGAUUUCAGAGAAGGCCCUGCACACCAUCCCUUCAGCUGUGAGAAUCUUCUGUCUCUUCUAUUGGCGGUUGCUAAUGUUAAGAUUCUUACUCUUUGUGGGUGGCUUUUUAAGGUACCUAUUCCAAGGUGGUUACCUUCUGCAGGAGUCAUUUUGGGGCGUGGAGAUUUUCUGUUGAAUAAUUUGAAGGAGUUAUGGUGGAUUGAUAACUCUAUGGAAAAGCACAAGAUUGAGGCCUUGGCUUCCUUCAUGAAACUUUGUCCAUACUUGGAGAAGCUGUUCAUAACUAUUGAUCCAACUAGCUACUGCAAUCCAAGCAGGGGGCACUGCAGAUUCUGGAUGGAGUAUUCAAGUCGAGUAGCCAGCAAUACUAGAUUGGUUAAUCUCAGAAUGGUUAAAAUGGAGGGGUUCACAAAUCCAGAAGAUGAAAGAUUGUUGGCAGAGUAUCUGCUUGAGAAGGUAGUUUCCACAGAGCCAAUAAUUAUCACAGCACCAAAAGAGAAUGGAUGUAGCAAGAACUGUACACAGAAGCUGGUAAAGAUCCCACAUAGUAAGGCAAAGCAUCAACAAAGGACUCAACCAAGUUUAACAGAAGGAGAUUGUAUCUGAAAUGUAAAGGAGCCACAACAUUGGAAAAGCAAGUCCCACUAUGGAGCGGUAGCAGAAAAUGAUUAAUUAUACAUGUAUACAUGCAUUCUCUCAUUGAAUUUUGGAAAAAACAAUGAUAACCUACUUCUAUGUAUUGAAAUUAGUUCAUCCAUAGUCACAAAUGCAUUGCGACUUGCUCUUUGCAGAGGCAAUUAUCAUGCUUGCACUUCAUGUUUGAGGUUGUUCAAACCCUUUACCAAUCCUAUUCAGAGAAGACAAUUAAACUUAUAAGUU